UCGGUUGAGCAUUCUGACCGGCCAUUGCAAACGACAGGUCAAGAUAGAAUGAAGGCUGCUUCCUUGCUAGCUCCCAUAACCAAGAGAUUAAAAGGAAAGGUGGCACUGAUUACCGGCGGUGCAGCAGGAAUCGGCGAGAGCACUGCAAGGUUAUUCGUUCGUCAUGGCGCUAAGGUUGUGGUUGCCGACGUACAGGAUGAGCUGGGCCGAGCUGUCUGUAACGACAUUGGUUCGGAGGAGACCAUCUGCUAUGCUCACUGCGAUGUCAGCAGAGACGCUCAUGUCAGAGAUGCCGUGGACAUGUCAGUCUCCAAGUAUGGAAAGCUUGAUAUCAUGUUCAAUAAUGCAGCCAUCCCUGGGAAGAGCAGCAAGGAAAUCUUAAGCACAGACAACGAAGACUUCAAGAGGGUAGUGGAUGUUAAUCUCUACGGUGCGUUCUUGGGUGCCAAACAUGCUGCAAGGGUGAUGGUUCCCUUGAAGAGAGGAAGCAUUCUCUUCACUUCCAGUGUGGCAUCGGUCGUCAAUGGUGAGACUCCACACGCUUAUUCAGCCACCAAGCACGCUGUGGUGGGCUUGACGAAGAAUCUGUGCGUGGAGCUGGGACGAUAUGGGAUAAGAGUUAAUUGCAUCUCUCCCUAUGGAGUGGUCACGGGAAUGCUACGCAAGGUGAUGGCUGAACUGGGGUUCACAGAAGAGGAGAAGGUGGAGGAGUUGGUGUCUCGCUCGACUGUCCUCAAGGGUGUCAAGGUUACAGCUGAGGACAUGGCCGAGGCGGCACUGUACUUGGCCAGCGAUGAAGCUCGUUAUGUCAAUGGGCUCAACCUUAUUGUUGAUGGGGGUUAUAGCACCACCAAUCCAUCUUUCUCUUCUGCCAUCGCUCAAUCUUUUGCUUGAUGUAUCAGUAUUUCUUUCCUUUUCUCUCUAUCUUGAUUGUUCUUUGAAUGUUAGGUUGUUAAAUGCUAGCUACUACACUAAGGCCCAGUUGGCUUUGGCUUUUGUGAGUUAUUUGUCCUAUCAAAGUAUUGACAAUUCCCCCAA